AUGCAGAAAGGUCGCAGUCAAGAUGCUGCAGUUACGUCACCCACUCCUCCAACUGACUACCGACCGCCGUGUUGCGAGCGGGCGAGGAGCCAAAUCAACACGACUACCCCCCAGGAGCAGCUGCCAGCGACGAGUACAGAGCGAAGCCCCCUCCCUUGUCGAGCCCGUAUGGCACGGCGUUGGCCUCGUUUGGUUGUUGUUAUGGCACAUGUCGACCUUUUUAUCACCCGCGCUCCUCAAGUACGACAAGCGCAGGAUGCGCUAUCCCUACCGAUUGGGAAGGGACACAUGUUGAGACAACCAGGCGUUAAGAACUCCAUAAAUGGGAAGCUUGAGUGUUUCGCCAUUUGGUACAUUUGGCGCGUCUUGCCGGUGGGCAAAUCCGGUCGCGACACGCGCGUUAUUAUCGGUAGCCUUCGGUCCUGCCACCUUGCGCAUCGUUCGCUUGCUGCGCUGAAGAUGGACUACCCAUCUCAGUAG